UGAACAGCAACAGCCCACCGGCCAGUCGACGGCCACCAUCACCAACCAGCCGCCUCCUCCCCUCCUCUCCCCUCCCCAGCCGAGCAAAUCACCGCGUCGAGGAUACCACCAUCGCCACCCUCCUCCACCUCGCAGACAUCACGCCGGUCAUUUGGUUCCUCAUCCAUUCCCAAAUUUCCCUAUAUCUCUGCGUCUCGCGCGCACAUCGCACAUUCAGAGAGAGGAGCACCCUCGACGGUCGGAGAGGCCCGAGACGGCGGUGAUGGCGGCGCGGGAGGCGCCGUUUCUGCUGCUGCUAUUUCUCCUGGCGGCGCUUCUCGCGGUGGAGGCCGACGCGAGGAGGCAGAAGGACGGCGAGGGUGCGUGCGGCGAGGGGUGGGAUUGCAGCGGCCGCGGCGGCAGGUUGUGCUGCAACGGGACCAUCAGCGACUACUUCAAGGCCGAACACUUCGAGGAGCUCUUCCCCAAGCGCAACGACUCCCUCGCCCACGCCGCCGGCUUCUGGGACUACCGGGCCUUCAUCACCGCCGCCGCCCUCUUCGAGCCCCGCGGGUUCGGCACAACCGGCGGCAGGGAGAUGGGCGUCAAGGAGGUCGCCGCCUUCCUUGGCCACAUAGGCGCAAAGACAUCGUGUGGACAUUUGGAUUCGGAUGGUGAUUCAUUGGCUUGGGGUCUUUGCUACAACCAUGAAAUGAGCCCAGGCCAGAGCUACUGUGACAACAGCAACGAAUUAUAUCGUUGUGUUGAAGGAGUUGAGUAUUAUGGUCGAGGCGCCCUUCCUGUUUACUGGAACUACAACUAUGGUAUUGUAGGUAAGGGUAUCAAGCAGGAUUUGUUGAGCCACCCUGAGCUAUUGGAACAGAAUGCCACCCUAGCAUUUGAAGCAGCAAUCUGGAGAUGGAUGACUCCAAUGAAGAGGAGGCAGCCAUCAGCCCAUGAUGUCUUUGUUGGAAACUGGAAACCAACCAAGAAAGACACUUUGUCCAAGAGGUAUCCUGGCUUCGGUGCUACAAUGAACAUCUUGUAUGGUGAUUUCAUCUGUGGUCAUGGGUCCACUGAUAGUAUGAAUGUCAUUAUAUCCCACUAUCAACAUUAUCUUGAUUUGAUGGAAGUUGGUCACGAGCACUCUGGAGAUAACUUGGAUUGUGGUGACCAAGUGGUAUUCAAUCCGUCGUCAAAGAGUCCUUACUCGUAAGCAACCUGCAUGUCAGAUGACUCGGAUCCACGUAUGUUUCCCUGUACAUUGGAGUCGUGGCCCUUGCUUCUAAACUAUAGAAAUCCUGUUAGUGAAUCUAUUGUAUCUGGGAAGUUUGUAAUCUAUUUAUGUAAGGGUCUGUCUUCUUUAUGGGAUUUUGUCAUACGUACUGAAGCGGAGAAUUUACACAUGAAAAUAUGAUGAUUUUGUUAUAAAUUU